AUGGAAAACACAUCUUCUGAGGACCUCGAAGUUCCUGUUCAAUCCAAUGAUGAUACUCCAGUCCGCAUUAAACUUCCUGUAGCUGCAAAGCUUACAGAAAUACGUAAAAUACUUUCCAAUAAACCAGAGAUAAGAAUGGGACAUAAAGCUCAUUUUAUGUGCCUACGUAACGAAAGCUCAAUUAUUCCGCAUGACGAGGAAGAAAAAUAUUGUUUAAAAGAUGUUAUUGACCUUUUUAAAAAUUUGAAAUUAAAGGGUGAGAUAGAACCAAAUUGGACAGAAAUUAUCGAAAAUAAUUUGCUUGAAUAUGGAUUAUUUUUUACGGAGAACGGACCUAAAUCAGCAGAGGAAAAAGCAUUUGAGAUUGUACCAUGUCCGAGAACUACAUUGCCAAGACAAAUUACUUUGGACCGAGAAUUAUAUUGUAGAACGGAAAUAGAUGAUGUUCGUACAAAAAAUUUAUUCGUUGCAACAAAUCUAGAUGCAAACUUGCCAUCUAUGCCAAUUUUCACGACGAUUGGUGGUUCUUAUAAAUCGAAUUUAGUCAAUCAUUACAAUAAGGAGAAAUUCAAAACAUACCGGAACUUGAUAAGAAUAAAAGCAAUAUUUACAAUGUCCGAAUCAGAAAUCAAACCAACUAAAGAAUUCGUUUCAGCAGUAGAUGAGGCACUCGAAUCAACAAACUGUCGUACAUCCCUCGAACAAGUAUCAAAGAAUUUUGGAGAAUUUUGGUGUAAAAAAAUUGGAAUUGGCGGAAGCAUUUUAUAUGUUAAAAAAGGAGAAUCAAUUGUAAAUGAAAAUCAAAGAUACAAAAAUAUAGAAGGAAGUAUUAAGUUUGGUGUCGGAGGAACAGUUGGGAAAAGCGAAGGAGCAAAUCAGAUGAAUGCAGUACUUAACGAAUUCUCUUAUUUUCAAAUUCGUGGUGGCUUAGAAAAACAUUUUCAUGAACAAGACUUGGGUGGAUGGAUUGCGUCUUUAGAAGAUUAUAAAACGUGGGAGGUAGCUGCAUAUUAUCCUGAUAUUCAUUCAAUAUUUGAUAUUCUUGAUGAAGAAAGACGAGCAAAAGUAGCAGCAGCUUUGGGAAAACGAAUUAUUGAUUCUCAAGUUGUAAAAUUAGACUUCAGAAUGGAUAUUUCCAAACCGUAUCCACAUAUAUACGAAAUUCCGAAACAAUAUGAUUUAUCGAGUUGUCAAAUUUUUGUUACCGAAAUGAAAAAUGACAACUCUGAUACAAUAUUUGCUUCUCGAGUUCAUUAUCCUAAUGAAAAAGAUCCGCCAGUAAUUCUAUUGCAUCGGCUUGGAUCAUUGAAUAGAAAAUCAAAAUAUCAAAAAUUUUCAAUAAUGUUAGGUUGGAUCGUACUUGGUACAUCUACUAUGUUGCCAACAAAGCUAGUUUUUGAAAGCGGCGAAUCACCAAUCACAGUCGAGAAUAAAUAUUGUACAGCGAUUAUUUCCUCGCAUGCACUGGAACCGAAUGAAAGUCUAUUGGCUACUUGUGUUUCAAGAUCUAAAGAUAUGCAAGAAAAUUUUAAAAAGUCCAAAUAUGUAACGAGGUCUCAUUUUGUUUAUAAAAAUAAUGCUAUUUGUGCUUGUGCUUUUUGUUAUGACCUCGAAAAAAAAGAACUAUUUUAUCAAUUGGACAAGUUAAAAACGAUGUUUUCGAUCAACUACAGUGUAAUUUCCGGGCAACAAAUUGAUAAAUUCGGCCAAGCACAAAUAGAGAGUGAUUCUCGCAUUAAAACUGUUUACCAAACAGCUACUCAACGAUGUAAAAUUAUAUUUGACAGCUAUUGUGACUUAACACAACCAUGUUUGCAGAGCCCUAUCUUCGUCAACCUAGUCCUGAACGAAUGCCCAAAACAAUGUCCACAUGGAGUAUUCAAUAUUACACCAUAUCACGCAGAGUUUAAGUAUAUUUACGUUUCCAGCACGAGUUUGAAAGAGAAGCAGAUUGCAUAUUUUUGUGUUCCCAUUAACGAGAAUAAAGGAAAUGAAUCACGGUUAAUGAUAUAG